UAUUUGUAGGCGUAUUCAUGAGUUGUAUCGCUUUGACAAGUUGCAUAAUUUUGCUUGUACAAGUAUUUCAGUUGAAUAAUAAAUUAUGCCCGAAAUUUGUAUGGAGAACUGCGUUCAGUUUUCAUGUUAUAGCUGUUAUUUAUAACGUUAUCAUAAUUGUUAUAAAUCUUACAUUAAUAUGGGCAGUGUUAAAGAGUAAACGAAUACUGUUACUAUGUUCGGUGAUUAUAACAGAUGUAUGGUUGGCACAAAUGUUUCUACUACUAAUUGUAUUGCUGUGUAUAUACAGCUUGGAAGUAAGCUUCGUCACCUGGAUACUUUCUAUGAUAUUUGGAUUAUUAGCUAUCGGAAUUCUUAUCUAUUUGUCGAUGGUUGUUUUUGGAUAUUGGAUUGAGACAAAAGUUAUUAAAGGACAAACAUUAUCAGUUACCAUUAAUAAUGCAUAG